AUGUCUACAGUAUUACCUGCAUUUAUCAUCGUCACUAUGGCGAUUAUGGUAUAUUCUCAAUCGCUUCUCAAUAAUCCUGAAAUAAAGGAUAAUGUUGAUCAUACGAAAAGAGUGAAAAGGCAAUGGAAUCCUUGGAGUCCGUUCUCAUACGUAUCAUACAAAUACAGAACACCUUUUACUAGAAUGAAAUUCAGAAGCUUCGGUAAUGCUCCAUAUGAUCAUGGAUUUGGUGGAUAUGGUGGAUAUGGUGGAUAUGGUGGAUUUGGUGGACGUGGUGGAUUUGGUGGACUUGGUGGAUUUGGUGGAUUUGGUGGAUAUCCUGGGUUUGGUGGGUAUGGUGGGUAUGGUGGGUAUGGUGGAUACCAUCCUUUUUCUAUGUCAUUUGGAUGGUUUGGUUGA